AUGGAACGUAUAUCAACCUAUUUUCUGGAGGAUUCUCCUCACAUGUGGACUCGAGAUUUGCGGGAACCAGCUUUGACCUUUGAAUUAUUUGGUCAAGAAUGGGGCUUCUAUUUCAUGAAUGUGAUGGCAUGGUGUGAGCUCCUUGCGUUCACUGCUGUACAAUCGAUCACUGUGGCACUCCUCUCAGUCUUUGUGUACAAGGUGGUUGUCCAAAAACAAGGCACCUGGUUCUCCAUGAUCUCCUGCUUCGCAAUUGCAAUCCCGCUCCUCUACUUGAUCCCCUUUGGCAUGUUCUUCGUAUUCAAUAUCCGCAAUCAAUUCAUGCGAUUCUGUAUUGGAGCUAUCAUGCCAGUGACCUGCCUUUUCAAAACCAGUGCUGCAGCUUUUGGAUUUUUGCCAAAAUACGCCACCGCCUCGAUCAAGAGCUUUGCCUUUUACUACACUGUCCCAUUCACGAUGGAAUGGAACAAAAAGCUCGACAAAUACACUCCCAACACAUUUGCAGAAGUACUCGUCCAGCUGCAGGGAUUUGGAAAGUUGCUCAUCGUUAUGGCAUUUAUGAAAUCAUUGUAUUCCUUGAUCCCCGACAUUGUACCACCCUUUGCCACUGGAAAACCGGAUGCCGAUUACUACAGCAUCGCCUCUGCCUUUCUACCGAGGACACUCUUGCGCAAUCUACUCUAUAUCUGUUUCAUCUGUCCCAGUGUCACAGUCAUGUGUUAUGGCUUUCUUGUGGCUCAAAACAUUGUCACAGGUGUCAAGGCUUGCCCUGCCAUGGACAAUCCAUUCUUGACAUCUCGCAGCUUUUCAAAAUUUUGGGGAGGAAAAUGGAACCUUGUCAUCCACAAUGUGCUGAAAAUGGGUGUCUAUCUGCCGGUACGCAAGUAUUUUUCCAAGCACAUUGCCAUGAUUGCGACCUUUGUUGCCAGCGGGUUAUUUCAUGAAGUCCUGCUGUGGUAUUUCAUGCUUCCAAUCGAUGAUGCACAAGGAUGCUUGUCGGAUGAGAAUGCGAGAAACACAUCUGUCGAUUGCUACAUGCCUCGACCCUUCACGACAACCUUGUUUUUCAUAUGGCAAGCUGCAGGCAUUGCUGUGGAGUACUCUCCCUUGGUCAAGUACCUGACCUUUUGGGACAAGGUUCCUACACUUUUUGCCUCCAUGAUCAUCAUUUUUCUAGGUGGGGCUCCCCUGGGACAUUUUUUUUCAGAGCCCUAUUGGAACUCGCUCUGUCUUGAGAAUGCCAUGAUCAUGUUUAGUUUUGUCAAGCCGAUGGGAGCAGCGUAA